AUGGCUUCCUCAUCGUCAACGAAUAAUUCCACUGGCACUCAUACAACGGCAUGGGAUAAAUCUUCAUUGCCAGAUCAAAUUGAAACAUUCGAUGACUAUAAACGUUUAUAUGCAUUAUCUGUCGACGAUCCAAAUCAAUUUUGGAAAAUGGCAGCUCAACGUUUAGAUUGGUAUCAGUUUCCGACUAAAAUAAAAAAUACUGAAUUUGAUUGUCGUACGAAACGUGGCGUUGAAAUCAAAUGGUUUGAAGAUGGAUUAAUCAAUGUGUGUUAUAAUUGCAUCGAUCGACAUAUUGAAAAAGAUCCUAAAGCAGCUGAAAAAACCGCUAUUAUAUUCGAACCAGACACGCCGACAGAAACUCAUCAUCGUAUCACAUAUGGUGAACUUUUAUUGAGUGUUAAAAAAUUCGCCAAUGUUUUAAAAAAACAUGGAAUAAAAAAAGGUGAUCGUGUUACAAUUUACAUGCCAAUGGUCGUUGAAACAUGUAUUGCAUUACUCGCAUGUGCACGUAUUGGUGCAAUACACUCAGUUGUAUUCGGUGGUUUCAGUGCGAACAGUGUCGCUGAACGUAUAUCUGAUUGCGAAUCAUCCAUUGUUAUAACCAGUGAUUUUGGUGUACGAGGCGGUAAAUGUAUUCCAUUAAAAAGCAAAAUCGAUCAAGCCGUAGCAAUGCCACAAUGUACAACGGUUAAGACUGUACUUGUUUUUCAACGAAAUUAUGGUCUAGAAAAUAUAAAAGACGAUUGUUCAGGACAACGUAGUUCACUUGAAUGGACAGAUGGAAGAGAUUUUUGGGUGCAUGAAGAAUUAAAAGCUGUUGAUGAUAAUUGUCCACCUGAACCAAUGAACGCCGAAGAUCCAUUAUUUAUCUUGUAUACAAGUGGUUCAACGGGCAAGCCGAAAGGAAUUUUACAUACAACUGGUGGUUAUUUAACGUAUGUAAGUUUGACAUUUAAAUAUGUUUUUGCCUAUGAGCCAGGUGAAGUUUAUAUGUGUACGGCUGAUGUUGGCUGGAUUACUGGUCAUUCAUAUGUUGUCUAUGGUCCAUUGUCUAAUCAAGCGAUAACUGUGGUUUUUGAAGGCAUUCCGACAUAUCCUGAUGUAUCACGUUGUUGGAAUAUUGUUGAUAAACACAAAAUAAAUAUAUUUUAUACAGCACCGACAGCUAUUCGUUCGUUGAUGGCACAUAAUGAUUCAUUUGUUACACGAACAAGUCGACAAUCAUUAAGACUUUUAGGUACAGUUGGUGAACCAAUUAAUCCGGAAGCAUGGCGAUGGUAUCAUGAGGUUGUUGGUGGUGGUCGAUGUUCAAUUGUUGACACAUGGUGGCAGACUGAAACUGGUGGUUUUAUGAUAACACCUAUUCCAAAUCUUUGGGGAUUAGAGGGAGGCUCAGCAACGCUUCCUUUUUUCGGUAUUCAAACUCAAAUCGUUGAUAAAGAAUCACAUCUACCAUUAGAUCCACCUAGCAAAGGUGAAUUAUGUAUUCGAGAUUCUUGGCCUGGUCAAGCGCGUAGUCUUUAUCGUAACCACAAACGAUUUGUUGAAGUUUACUUCGAACCAUAUCCUGGCUAUUACUUUUCUGGUGAUGGAUGUGAAAUCAAGGAGAAUGGCUAUCAUUGGAUAACGGGUCGAGUGGAUGAUGUUCUCGUUAUAUCAGGACAUAAUAUUGGUACGGCUGAAGUUGAAUCUGCUCUUGUUCAACAUUCUGGUGUAUCGGAAGCAGCUGUUGUUGGUUAUCCUGAUCGAGUAAAAAAUCAAGGAAUGUAUUGUUUCGUUACAUUAAAAGACAAUGUUGAGCCUGUUGAAGAACUCCGAAAAGAUCUGACUAAAACUGUACGUGAUAUUAUUGGUGCGCAUGUUUUUCCUGAUAUAAUACAUUUUGCACCAAACUUACCUAAAACUCGUAGUGGAAAAAUUAUGCGACGUAUUUUACGAAAAAUUGUGGAACCAGAUAUUCAUAAUCUUGGUGAUACAUCAACAUUAAAUGAUCCCGCUGUGGUCGAUGAAUUAAUAAAAACAUCUCCAAGAACAAAAUUAGCAUAA